UAGAGGCAUGUGUUUGCUGCUUGCAUGCUGUUAUUGACAUCAGUUAUAGCCACAGUGAACCACUGACACCUUCUAAUGUGAAUGUAUCCAUUCAGGGCUAGAGCAUCACCACAUUUACAUAUUAUUCUUUUAGCAUAAACUAAGUUCACAUAUGUAAACCCUGCCAAUAAUGUAUGGCACGAUCUACUUAACAGUUGUGCAAUGUUAGCGUUCCAAAGUUGAUGUUGCAAGGUGUUGGAUACGUUCUCUAGACGGAUGUACAACAUAGUUGAUUUAUUAGUUGUUUGUUUGUUUGUUUUUGUGAUGGACAUGACGUGGAAACUGAGGAAGUAAUCAGUGAUAUGAAUUAUAUUGUGUGAAGAAAGAAAGCAUUAAAAAAAGGAAUGUGUUUUGCACAGCUCAAUGGCUUUUAUAUACUGUAACAUAUAACCAUGCAAGCGCCAUAUAUUGUACAAAAAAAAGAAUAUUUGUGGAGCAAAACAGCCCAAAGUGAAUUAUAAAAUUAGUUUGAGGACGCAAUUUGUAGCAUGAACUAAAUUGGCAAGUGCUCAUUUGCUGGUGAAUACUGUUUUACAACUUAAUGCCAGUAGGAUUAUUGUUCCAUCCAGUAGCAAUAUAGAGAUUAUGUUUCAGUUGCUAUAACAGCAAACCAUGUAUUACUGAUGAAUGAUCUUCAUACUGUACAUUCUGCUAGUAGUUCUUCCAAGGGGACUACAAAAGUGUCAAAGAACCCGUUUGCAUCCAUUUGCUCAAAACUGGAGUGCAAAAUACAGACCAUGCAAAAAAUAAAUCCAAACUGUGCCGACAGGAAACACACGCAGGAUUUUUGUGCUUUAAUUUAAAGCCCAUGGAACAGCAACAAGCAUAAACAUUAAAAAUUAGAACAUGUUAGAUGUAAGUUUUCAAUAACACAGACCUGUAUAAGAAUGUAUCUACGGCCCAAAUGCAUUAUGACUGUGGGGCGAGUUUACUGAAUGCUCAUGAAGCCUGUAAAUUUAGUAGCCUGUAAAAUCAAUCAAUCAAUAUUUAUUUUAUAUAGCGCCUUUCAUAGUGGACCACCAUCACAAAGUGCUUUACAAUACAGUGAGGAACAAUGCAUAAUACACUAAAUACAGUGAAAUACAGGACAUAGUAAAAAGUGUUAAUUAAAGAUGGUCUUCAAAAAUCUUCAGAGCCCAGAACAAGGAUGGAAGAACUAAUAGAAACAUAAAGUAUGCAUUCCUUCUUUUCUCUUUCUAUCCCUAAGCAGCAGUAGCAUUUAACAGACAGACUGGCUCAGCCAACCAGACUGCUGCAGCUGCAAGCGCUCUACCUCAGCACACGAGCUAUUGGCCCUUCUCUGGGGAGUGGAAGGUGUUCAGUUAUUAAUGAUCGCUGAGCAGACACAACCAUGUCAAUGUGACAGCUGAUCGGGUGAAUGAUGCACCACUAACCACUGUGGAAAAGAGGAGGAGGAAAUAAAAAGAGCUAGGCACGGUUCCCUGCACUGGAUUGUGUGCCUUUGGCAGUCAGUAGCAUAUCUCUGGCAAGUGGAGCGCGGCUUGUUGCUACAAGCAAGCCGUUUUCUCUCUUGCUCUGAAAAGAAGGAUAUAUUGCAUGUACUGUACUCUUUAAAACACAUGCUGUCUACAGCUCUGGUCUAUGGAUGGAAGCACUGAAGGGAUCUUACUGAACAGAGACAUAGCAGAUCAUUUAGACCAAGAAACUAAAGUAUGCAGGUGGAAAAUAACAUUAUGAAGACUUAGCAAUCAUGGGAGCUGGAGUUAAUGCACCUAAUAAAUAAGGGGCGUAAUCUCCAGUAACAAUCUCUACAUAGAUCUGCAACCUUGGGUAUUUUGGUUUCACGCCGACCUUCACAUGCAGUCUGCAUGACAACUUUGGACAAGGCAAUUGAAAGGUUGAACAUUUUAACCAAGGACGACAAGUUACUGCUUGUGUGACUUCCAUCAACUGACAAACACUUUUUUUUACUCCAGAACUAAUGAUCUGUUCAUUCAGAAGUUAAGUGUAGUGAUUGUAAAAUCCUUAAGGACCUAUCGCUUACAGGAGGGAAUCAGGCCAAGAUGAAGGACAUGUUGUUUGCUGUUCAUGUUUUUGUUGUUGCAGUGACUGCUUUAGUACACGCUGUAGAGAAGAAAGUGGACUGCCCCCAGUCAUGUGUUUGUGAAGUAAGGCCGUGGUUCUCGCCAGAAUCCAUUUAUAUGGAGGCUCCUACAGUCGACUGUAAUGAUGUAGGAGUUUUUAUUUUACCUCAGAGAUUACCAUCUGACACCCAGGUUUUAUUGCUACAGACUAACAGCAUUGCAAAAAUCGAAAAACCUGUCGACUAUCUGGCCAACAUCACUGAGAUAGACUUAUCUCAAAACAAUUUAUCCUCAAUGAGUGACAUCAAUCUAGGACAUCUGCUCCAACUUCUGUCUCUACAUAUGGAGGAAAACAAGCUACACAAACUGCCUGACAACUGUUUGCCUGGACUGGCCAAUCUUCAGGAACUUUACAUCAAUCACAACUUCAUCUCUGUUAUUGCACCUGGAGCCUUCAAAGGGCUUCAGAACCUCUUCAGGCUCCACCUUAAUUCCAACAGGUUGCAGAUGAUCAAGAGUCAGUGGUUUGAGGCAAUUCCACGGCUAGAGAUUCUCAUGAUUGGGGAGAAUCCAAUCAUCAAAAUCCAAGAUAUGAAUUUUAAACCACUUAUUAAUCUGCGCAGCCUGGUUUUAGCAAGAAUGAAUCUUACUGAAAUACCUGACAGCGCUUUAGCUGGUCUUGAUAAUUUGGAGAGCAUCUCGUUUUAUGACAACACAUUUGCUAAAGUGCCCCAUUCCGCUCUUCAGCAGAUUCCAAGUCUAAAAUUUUUGGAUCUAAAUAAAAACCCCAUACAAAGAAUACAGAGAGGUGACUUCCAUGAUAUGCUACACUUGAAGGAGUUAGGAAUAAACAACAUGCCUGAACUGGUAUCAAUAGAUAGCCUCGCUUUAACCAAUUUGCCGGAACUGACAAAAAUAGAAGCAACAAACAACCCAAAGUUAUCAUAUAUCCACCCAAAUGCUUUCUACAAACUCCCCAGACUUGAAACAUUGAUGCUCAAUAGUAAUGCUCUCAGUGCCCUAUAUCGGAUUACAGUAGACUCUCUGCCUAACCUUAGAGAAGUAAGCAUGCACAGUAAUCCGAUCAGAUGCGAUUGUGUCAUCCGUUGGAUAAACAUGAAUAAAACUAAUAUACGAUUUAUGGAGCCUGAUUCUUUGUUUUGUGUUGAACCACCUGAGUUUGAAGGCCAGCAUGUAAAACAAGUCCUUUUCCGAGAAAUGAUGGAAAUAUGCCUUCCUCUUAUUGCCCCAGAGAGUUUCCCUCCUCAAAUUAAUUCCUACAAUGGGAGUUCUGUUUCUUUACACUGUAGGGCAUUUGCAGAACCAGAGCCUGAAAUUUACUGGAUCACACCUUCAGGCAAUAAGGUCUUGCCCAAUACAGUUACUGAGAAAUACUACAUGCAUCCUGAAGGAACCUUUGAAAUAUAUGAUAUUACAGAACAUGAAGCUGGUUUGUACACCUGCGUUGCCCACAACCUUGUUGGCGCAGAUUUAAAAACUAUUUUGCUAAAAGUUGAUGGAUCUUUUCCACAACCUACAAAUGAGUCUUUGAAUGUCAACAUAAAGGACGUGAAAACUAAUUCAGUGGUGGUAUCCUGGGAAAACUCUCCUAAGAGUUUAGCAUCUAAUAUUAAAUGGUCCACAACUAUGAAAGUAAAUGCUCCAACUGUCACUUAUACAGUCAGAGUCCCAGCAGAUGUGAAGGUUUACAACCUAACCUUUCUAAACCCAUCAACAGAGUACGAAGUAUGUGUGGAUGUCCCUAGCAUCCACCAGCAGAAUGACAAGACAUGUGUCAAUGUCACAACAAGAGGAUUAGACCUUGCAGUGAAAACAAAAGAAAAGUGGAGCACAGCAACAUUGAUUGCAGUCCUUGGAGCACUUACGGGUGUAGCUUUCAUGUCUUGCCUCAUAUUUUAUGUAGCUUUUAGGAGAAACUGCAUAUUAGGAAAUAACUUUUUAAGCAAUUCCCAGUCAAAAAAGCCACCCAUUCUUUUAGAUGAGUUGUAUUCUCCACUUACUAGCCUUUGGGUAUCUGAAAAGGUAGUGGGUUCAGCUGUAGAAGUAAAAGCCACAGUAAUAGAUGUGUCAAACAAUUUCUUAUAAGAAAUAAGUGAAGUAAUUUGGCUUUUAUAUACAAAAAAUGAAAGGAGAGGGGAAAAAGCACAAGACUGCAUUCAUCGUGCUAGCUUAACCUUGAUACCCACUUUCUGGAACAUUUUACCACAUUAUAAGGAAUGGGAAUCUAAUUUGUUAACACCAUACCUGUUCCUAAAAAUGACAUGGAAAGAAAGAUACCAGAGCAUAUUGUUUGCAACAUUACAUUGAACGUGAUAUUCCUGGGUACUGGCCAUAUGAAUGGUGCAAAUGGAAUAAAGGAAAGAAGAAAGCAUUGUCUCUAUCACUGACUGUUAUAUAUGUAAAGAGUAGUGGAGCUAUCCUAGUGGUCCUGAGCAAUAUUGUAUGUGCUGUAUUAUAAACAUAGGCAAGUGAAAAUACCACGUGGUGUUCUAACAAAGAAAAUCCAGUAGAUUAGAGGAUACCAGUGACUAUGAUGUGAAACACUUUUUAUGAAAUAAUAUACAUUUUUGAUAAAAAAAAAAAAUGAAUUUAAAAAAAAAUUGUUUUUUGCCUUUUCAUUUAAAAGGAAAGUGAAUGAACCCAACCAAACAAGAACUGUUGGGCCCUAUUUAUCAAGGUUUAACUCAUGAGCUAUUAAAAAAGGGCUAUUUGUUUUAAAAUAAUCGGUUCAUUACAAAUGCAUAUUGCUGUAAGGGUAAAAUGAUUUUUGUUUUUGUCACUCUAUACUAAAAUUCUAAACAAUCCUAUCACUGGAAAUGAUCUGGUGUAAAUAAUAUAACUAGAAGGAACCAUACAUGGUAUGAAGCCUGAUAAGCCAAAAUCAUAAAGCUAGAUUUCCAGUGAAAUACGCCGGGUCUGGAGUACAAGGAAAUAAAGGAUAAAGGACGAGGAAUAAAAGCAUUAUUAACCAGCUGCUACGGAAAUGAAGAGAAAUGGUGGUUGAAAUAUCUAUGCCUUUGGUGUGAAAAAAAGUUUCAUAAAACAUUGCAUUGUACAAAUAGAACCCUGAAUUCAAUACAAACAUGAGAACUGAAAGCAGAUUACAAAAUAUUUUGAAGCAAGUGCUGCUGGGACAAAGGCAGACUGAUGUUCAUUUAUUGUAUUUUGAGUCAUGUUUUUGGCUUUAAAAUAGGGCCCUAUGAUAUGUAUAAUGUUUUUUGUUUUUUCUUUUUAAGCACAUGCGAUAGUUUUGAUAUUUGUAUGUACUGGAUCAUUACUCAGCUGGGGGUAUCACUACCACAUCAGUUUUACUGCCCAGCACUGAAACAGUCUCUAGCUUGCCAACUGAACAUCAUAUUAAUAGGCAUUUGGUGUAAAUAAUAGCCCUUCUCAAUCACUGCUAUUGUUCACAUAGUAAAACACAGCAACCUGUUUGAGAGAUUGAACAGUUUAUAAAAGCAAGUAGAAUUGUGUAUUCUGGUGUCUGUAGCCAUUACCUACUUCCUUGUAAUGGAUUUUCUUAAAAAUGAUAACAAAUCCAGAUUAUACCUAAUUGUGUACAAAAUGUUAUCCAAAUGGGCUCAUUCAUUUUACUGCUACUUUAAGAACGCCAGUAACAGAAGGAGGGACUGACACAAUCUACUUCUGUUUCACAGAUUUAUCUCAGAAGCAAUAGCAACCAGGUUUGUACCUAACUCCGUAACUGUACAACCAUGUAUCCAUAUUUUAUCAACCUAUUUCAAUCAAGCUUAUUUCCAAUAAGCAGUGAGACCACCGUCUGUUGGAGGGUUGUGUGUGUAACAAAAAAACACAGGGGAAAAAUGUGGAUAUUGGCAAUAACAUAAAAAUGAAAUAUGGACUGUUGUCUCGGUGAUAGAAUUUGGAAUUAUAUGUGUGCAUUAUGUAUGCUUAUCAAAUAUUUAAUAUUAUUAGGGAAGUUAUUGGGUUACCACCUUGAUAUUAAAAUUCUUAAACAAUGUGAGAUUGCAUGAGGCUGAUUAUUACACUUUAAGAGUGCUACAUGAUUACAGAGUAGCUUGCUCCAUGGUGAAUAUGUUUCUUCAUUGCCAUAGGCCUUGAAGUGAUUAAAGUCUAGAAUGUCAUUCAUCAUCGUUCGGCUAAAUGUCUUCUAAAAAUACAACAGAUAUGGUUUUGAAAUGACAUUAUUAACUGCCUUUUGUUGCAUAUACAGUGAAUUAUGUAAAAAGGUGUUUUAAAGAGGGCCAAAAAAUAAUUAAUAUGCAUGACAGCAUCACAGACCGUCCUACUGUUAAGCACUUGAUGCAAAAAUAACAAGAAACAACUCAGUUCCAGAUGGCAGUCGUUUGCUUAUAGAGUUAUUCUUUGCUGCUUUUACACCGUUAACAAAUAGGUCUUUGCACUUGCUUGAAAAGCAUAUAUUUCUUUUCAAACACAAUUGUGAUUUUCCUGAUAUUUAUAUGUCCUUGGUCAUUAAUCAACUGGGGAUAUCAUUUCCAAAGUAAUUUUACAGCCCAGAACAGAAAGAGUCUCCAGUCUUCCAUCUGAACAUCAUAUUAGUAGACAGUUCAGUGUAAAUAAUAGUCGCUCUCAAUCACAGCUGCAGUAUUGUUCACACAGAAAGCAUAGCAACUUGUCUAGGUGGUUAUUCAGUUUAUAUUAUAGCACACCUAGUUUGUGAUGCCAUUAUCGUACAUAGCAUGACCUAGUUCCCAUUAAUAGAUUUAAUUAAAAACGAAGAAGAAUCGAGAUGGUGCUGAGAUCUAUUUCAAUACAAUGGUAUUCCAAAUUGAAUCUCUGUUGAAGAUGAAGGUCAGAAACUACUUUUGGAUUUAUAUACCUAUUCAACAACGUAUCCAUAUUUUAAACCUCUUUUGUAACCUUGACCUGGAGGUUCCCCAUAAUUCUUGUAUAUGACACAGUUUGUGUCAGUGACCUCCAUGACCUGCUUGGUUUGUGAAACACAGUGGAUGAAGUAUGGACGGAAAGCAUCAUAUUAGCAUACUACUCUUUGCAUGGUUGCAACAAAAUGCACCUUAGUACUUGUCUGGCAGCAAAAGUAAGUAGAGAGAAUACAACACAAUGGAUGUUCUUUAAUUCUGCAAAUAAGCACCCCACUGUUUUAACCACCAGUUGAACAAACCUCAAUAAAAAUAAUAAUGAACCACACAACCCUAUCAAAGAAGGUUUAAUUUCUCUUUAACUUUGCUGUAAUUCUAUCAGUUUAUAGAAUGGUGUUGAUAAUACUUGCUAAUAAGGCCAGACAUUUAAAAAAGUUUGCAAAGUAAAAAUAAUAAAAUUAAAAUAAAAAACUAAAGCAGAAUUACAUUAUAUUAAAAAUCCAAUGGGUAUUCCUAACACAAAAAUCACAAACCUGAUGAAUCACCAUCACACACAAGCUGACAUGAUAAUUUAUCAGGUAGAUAUGCCCAUACAUCAUGAAACUUGGCAGUACCUUGGACAAGGCUUUUAGAGCUAAGCUAUUUGUCAAAGACACAGGAGCUGAAACAUGACCUAUUGCAAUGCAGGUACUGUAUAGGUCAGCAGGAACGUGCUUGUGUAUCUUGGAUCUUCCCCUUUUGACCCUAGUUGCAUUUAAGAGCUAUUACAGAUAUAGCUUGGUGGUGUGUGGGUGGGUUUGUUUGUUAAGACACAACACAUUUCACUGAAAAUGAAAAGACAAUGGUAAGUGA